UUUUAAUAUAUUUCAUUUGAUUCUAUUCUUUAUUUUUCAUUUCUCGUUGUUGGUCAUUAGAGAUUUGUGAAAUCUUGAAGUAUAAAAGUGAUUUCACUCUAAACUGAAAUAUAUCUCUUUUUCUUUGUUGGUUCACUUUUUAUCAGAUAAACGUGAACAUUAAAGCUAAAUAUUAUGUAGUCUGAUUUUAAAUUUUUUGAUAUAUUUUAAUUAAAAAAAAUAAUCAUUAAUGCUAUAUUGUUUGAUUUACAAAAUUUAAGUACACCCAUUUUUUAAAUUAUUUUUAUGAGCUACAAGAUUUUUAGACACCUAUCAUAAAAUUUCUGGCUACGCCACUGAUAAUGGAUAACAACGAAUCAAACAUAAUUUAAGUUAAUGGUUUAAAAUCUCUUGUAUUAAAACAAGGAUAAUUUUGAACAUAAAAAAAAAUCAAAUCUUCUUGAUAGAAUAAAAAGAAAAAAAACAUAAUUUAUUCUCAAACAGAAGAAGCACAUGAAUAACUUGCUAUAUACUAUUACUCAUGGAAUAAGUUAUAAAGGAAUUGGUGUAUUAUUGCAUAAUUAGUAGUCUAUAAUUCUAAUUUCUAACCAACUAAGAUUAUAAUAGAUCAAUUUCCACUAACAAAAAAGGAUAGAAAAUAAAUCACAUUAAUCCUGUUUAAACCUAGCAAAUUAUGCCGUCCCCGUCUGCAAGCCGUCUCUUAAAUUCAAACAAACAAAUUAAUAAAGACUUAUUCAUUAAUAUAAAAUACUAAUAAUUAAUGUGCUGUUACCUGCCAAUUCCCCGUCCCCUUAAAUUUAUUUAUACUAUAAUCCUUUCUUUAUGCUUUUUCUCAUCACUUUAUAUAUACUACUAUAUAUAUAUAAUAUACUUUCAUUAUUACAACAUCCACCUUCUCAUAAUAUCAUCAUUUUCCCCUCAAAUUCCCUUUUUCAUCAUCAUACUUCAUUUCACUGUUUGAUUUUUACUUUUUUUUUUUUACCAAUCAUGUUUUGGUAUUUGAUUGCAAUAAUUGCUUCAGGUUUGUUUCUGAAGAUUCUGUUGAAAACUUCUGUACUGCAAAUUGUGAAAAAAUGGUGGAGGUUUUUGGAGGAUGGUUGUUAUGUCUAUCAGUUCUACAGGGUACCGCAAUUCAAUCACAACAUGCAGGAAAAUCAAUUGUAUCGAAAAGUUUGUACUUAUCUGAAUUCGCUCCCCUGUGUUGAAGAUUCUGAUUUCACCAACCUAAUAUCCGGCGAUAAGUCCAAUGAAAUUAGCCUUGUUUUGGAUUCAAAUCAAAUUGUUGUUGACAAAUUCCUCGGCGCUAGAGUUUUCUGGAUCAACGAGAAGGAUGAAUUUACUGGUUUGAAAUCGCUUGUUAUGAAGAUCAGGAAAAAGGAUAAGCGUCGAAUUUUACAGCCUUACCUUCAGUAUAUACACUCUGUGUUCGAUGAAAUUGAGCAGAGGAAAAAGGAGGUGAGAUUAUUCGUCAAUGUAGAUAAUGAACCUCAGAGAAACGGACGGUGGAGAUCAGUGCCGUUCGCACACCCAGCAACUUUUGAUACGGUAGUGAUGGACACGGAUCUCAAAAACAGGGUGAAAUCCGAUUUGGAAUCGUUUCAAAAAUCAAAACAGUACUAUCACCGACUCGGCAGAGUUUGGAAACGGAGUUAUCUCCUCUACGGACCUUCCGGCACCGGAAAAUCAACGUUCAUCGCCGGAAUAGCAAAUUUGCUGAACUACGACGUGUACGACGUCGAUUUAUCCAAAGUCACUGACGAUUCGGAUCUGAAAAUGCUUCUGUUACAAACAACGAACAAGUCGCUAAUUGUUAUCGAAGAUCUCGAUCGUUACCUUGGGACCAAAUCAACAGCUCCAAGUUUAUCUGGAAUUCUCAACUUUAUGGAUGGAAUAUUCUCGUGUUGUGGGGAAGAGCGAAUCAUGAUAUACACUAUCAACAACAAAGAUCAAAUUGAUCCGACGGUUCUCCGUCCAGGAAGAAUCGACGUUCACAUACACUUCCCUUUAUGUAAUUUCAACUCUUUCAAAACCCUAGCGAAUAGCCAUUUGGGUUUAAAAGAUCACAAGCUUUUCCCACAGGUAGAGGAGAUUUUUCAAACCGGGGCGGCUCUCAGCCCGGCUGAAAUCGGCGAAAUUAUGAUAUCAAACCGGAGCUCGCCGACUCGGGCAUUGAAAACAGUCAUUUCAGCUCUGCAAAUCAACACCGAGUCGAGGGCGGCGACUCGGCAUGCACGGCGGUUGAGCGAGAGCGGGUCGGUUCGAGCCGCGGAGGAAACGGGUGAGUCGGGUAUUUUUUGCAAAGAGAAUCUCAGAGAGUUCAAGAAGCUAUAUGGACUUUUACGAGUAAGGAGUUGUAGAAAAGAUUCAUCCUACGAAUUUGAUACGUCAGAUAAAGAUAAUUCAAGGCAUGAUAAUUAACAUUAACAUAUGUUUGUUUUGGGGCAUAAAUAAUCACCCUUACCUGCAUAAUCAUUAGUUUAGUUUAGCUUAUAAUUUGAAAGUUGAUAUUUUUUCAUUGUGAGUGAUUUAUUUAGUUGAUUUAACAUAAAGAUCGUAGCUAAAAUUCAUUAUUUUAUAUUAGUUAAUGUAGUAUUGAUCAAAGUUACUCACACUUAAAAAGAAGGAUCAUAUAUCUUGUUAAGUAA